AUGUAUCUAUGGUUAUUUCAGCAUCUCCGCCCCUUCACAAGAAACUCUAAAAAUUCCAUUGCAAAUUCCAUAGAAUUCCUACACAAAUUACAAGGAAUCACAAUCUCAGCUGAUGAAAUAAUGGUCUCUUUUGACAUUUUCUCCUUGUUCACAUCUGCACCACUCGAUGUAUCAAGACAAUGUACAGAAGAACUUCCACAAUCCUACCCGACGGAUGUCCCUUCAACUGCCUUACUCGAACUUUUGGACUUGUGCUUAGAGACCAACUUUUCUUUCGACAACAAAUAUUAUCAGCAGCUAAAUGGAGCUCCUAUGGGGUUACCUAUAUCAGGCUUUCUUGCUGAGGUGACAGUGUGGAGAUUCGAGGCCAUAGCGCUUCCGCUAGUCAGUCCUAAGUGUUGGCUGCGAUAUGUUGAUGAUACCUUCGUUAUCGUGAGAAAGGAUCAACUGGAAAACUUACACAACGUACUCGAUGCCACGCUUCCGGGAAUUAAAUUCACGCUUGAAAUGAAGCCAACGCCAAACUCCCUUUCCUCGAUGCCCUUUUACAACGACAACUGGAUGGAACAUUACGGACAACUGUCUACCGCAAAGAAACGUAUCCAGAAGUCGUCCUAA